AUGUCCUCAACCUCCACUUCCAUUCUAACUAACCUUGAUAAUCCUGAUCCUACUAGCGAUAACAAAAAACUCAAUUUCAACAUCAACUACACCUCAAUUCAUAAUCAUACCCAUAACCACAUCCAUGAUAACACUUCAAACGAUCACCUAAGUCUAAAACUAAACUACAACCCAAAUGACUCUUCCCAUUCUAAUGAUGACAAAAUCUCAUCUCUCCUCCCUCCCAUAAACCACCACUCUCCCCAUAAUCACAAACACACUUAUAACCAUGGCCAAAUUAAUCAAAAUCUUAAUAAUGAAAGCGAUUUUGAUGAAACUUUAACCUUGGAAAACAACUUCAAAGAAUUCAAGCCCUUUGAAAAUAACCCUUAUUACAACGAUUACAUUAUAACUUUCAAUCAAGAUUCAGUAUUGAAAAAUAUUCAAUCUCAUAAAUCCUCACCAUCAAUAUCUUCAAGCUCGCCCAAUCCCAAUUCCAAUCCAAAAUCACUCUCUCCAUCCUCUUCUCUUUCCCCUUCUCCUGCACUCUCCUUCUCUUCCUCCUCUUUCUCAUCGUCUCCUUCUCCUUCCCCCUUUUCCAAUUUCAAUCUUGUUUCUCCUUCAAAUAACCCAAACAAUAUCUCAAACAAUAAAAGAAGAAUCAUCCGCUCUCAUUCAAGACAAAAUAGUCAAACUAUUGAUCAAAUUGACGAUUUAAUCCAAAACUUCAAUUACUCUACAAAUUUAAACUAUAAGAAAGAUAUUUCUUCAAAAAAAAAUAUUAACAAUAUCAAUACUAUUACUACCACUACUACUACUAAGGAUAACAUUAAUAAAGAUAACAUUAAUAAAGAUAAUAACAACGAUAACGAAAUUUUUGAUUACAAAUAUGGUUUCAAAUACUCAAACAACGAUUUCGACUUUAACAAAGAUUUCAACUUGAAUCAAAAUGCAAAUCUAGAACCAAAUCAAAACUUAAACUCAUACUCAGACUCUGAUUCUGAUUCCUACUACGAUUCUGAUACUGAUACUGAUACUGAUACUGAUACUGAUAUCGAUAAUGAAUUCAACUUGGAUUUUGAUGACGAAUUUGAAACUUUAUCUUACAAUGACAUAGAAGAAGAAGUUCUUUCCUCAUCAAAUAAUCAUAACCAUAAUCAUAACUAUGAUAAUUAUGAUGACAAGUACGAUCAAAAGUAUGAUCAAAAGUACGACAAUAUAGACGAAUCUCCCUUGGCUAGCCUUUCUUCCUACUCAAAACUACAAAGAACUAAUAGUCUCCAAAAUUACCAAUUUGUCUACUCAAUGGACAACACUUCAAGUGACAACUUGUCUCUAAUCAACCAUCCAGAUCCUGAUAACGGUUACGACAGCGAUUAUAACGAUUUUAAUCAUAAUUAUCACUUCAUUGACAACAAUAAUGAUCAAAUAAAUAACAACACAUCCUUUAAUGAUGAUCUAAUCAAAUCCCCGGGCAGGAUCUUUUCUCCUCAUAAAUUCGCUGCUAAACCAAUUAAACCAUCAAUCAAAAGCAAAAAAAUUAUUGAUGAAAAAAUUUUAAAUUUAGUCGUUUCCGCUAAAAAUGGCGGUUUGGCUUUAGCCACAAAAUAUGCAACGGAACUAAACUCAAAAAAUUGCGAGGGAAUCCCCCUACCUGACUCAACUGAAGAAAUCGUCACCAUCCCUGCUGGUGAUUCCUCCUCCUCUUCUUCAAGACGAAAAAAAAAUAACAAAAGACAUAAAAAAAAGAAAAGAGGAACUUCCCAUAAAAGAAAAGAAAAAGCUGCUGUCAUCAAAGCUUAUGAAGUUAAAUUACCAAUCAAUGAAAAUAUUUCACAAAACUCAAUUGAUAAUGAACUAAGUUCUAACAGUAAUAUUGAAUUCAAUUUAGAUAACAACAUAUCAACCUCGAGUUUUAUUAGCGACAUUAGUUUAAAUACAGAAGAAAAAUUAAUGGGAGUCUAUUCUGCAGGUGCUUUAAAAAAACAUUUGGAAAUGGUUCAAAGCCAACCAAUGAAUAGUCAAAGCAAUUCAAUUGGCUCUUCAUCAACAUAUUAUAACUAUAAUGACAAUUUUAGUAUCACUAGUUUUGCGUCGUCAAUUAAUAGCAAGAAAAAAGUUCAAUGGGCUGAAAAGCUCGAAUGGUAA